CCCGGCCUGUCGUCUCACCGAGUCUCGCCGGCAGGGUAGUGUGCUCCGCGCUGUAGCACCUCCAACGUGUCUCACCUUCGACUCAGGUCCAGGUCGGUUCUUGCAGUUGAGUUCGAGCAUCAAGAAGCCACUCUGGCGUUUGAGGGGUCUUCAACCGGCGAGGUCCCUCUAAGACUUUGUUUCACAGCGCUUUUCUAGUGUCAUGAUCGGCGCUACUCACAACCAGCACGACUACAGCAAUUUCUUGAGCCUGCUGCACACUCAAAAUUUUGAAACUAGCGAGACAUGCCUCGACAUGUUCACCAAGAUGCCGCAGCAGGGAACGCAACAGGAACAAUUCAAUGGAAUGGGAACGGAUCGACCUACCCGCAGGGGACGGAGGGCGAGGGGCAGGAACACAUGCUGGAGGGGCAGGGGGCAGCUAAGGAUGACGCUCUUCACCUCAAGAGACGGCUGGGACUCUUCAGUGGGGUGGCUUUAAUUGUCGGAACGAUGAUAGGUUCCGGAAUAUUCGUGUCGCCGACAGGCGUGUUGGAACGAACUGGCUCUGUCGGCGUUAGUUUCGCUAUCUGGAUUUCGUGCGGCGUUCUCUCGUUGCUUGGCGCUCUGGCUUAUGCUGAGUUGGGCACGAUGAACACGAGUUCCGGCGCCGAGUACGCCUACUUCAUGGACGCAUUCGGCCCACUGCCGGCCUUCCUCUUCUCCUGGGUGUCCACCCUGGUGCUGAAGCCCUCGCAGAUGGCCAUCAUCAGCCUCAGUUUUGGACGUUACGUGGUCGAGCCCUUCGUCGGCGACUGCGAACCCUCUGGAGUGGCCAUGAAGCUUGUGGCAGUGCUCAUUAUCUUGGUGAUUCUGGUGAUUAAUUGCUACAGCGUGAAUCUGGCGACAGGCGUGCAGAACGUGUUUACUGCGGCGAAAAUGGUCGCCAUUAUGAUCGUCAUUUGCGGUGGCAUGUAUCAACUGCAGAAAGGAAAUACUCACCACCUACAGAGUCCAUUCGAGCCAAUAUCCCAAGAGAGGGCUAGCGCUUCACUGGCAGACAUAGCGACUGCAUUUUACACUGGACUCUGGGCCUAUGAUGGCUGGAACAACCUCAACUAUGUCACCGAGGAGAUCAAAAACCCAUCAAGGAAUCUGCCCUUGUCUAUUAUUAUCGCAAUUCCAAUGGUAACGAUUUGCUAUGUGCUGAUCAACGUAUCCUACUUGACUGUGAUGUCACCAGAUGCACUUCUGGAGUCAGAAGCUGUUGCUGUGACUUUUGGUAAUUUAACAUUGGGUGUGAUGGCUUGGCUGAUCCCACUCUCCGUGGCUAUUUCCACUUUUGGCUCUGCGAAUGGAACACUUUUUGCUGCUGGACGGCUGUGUUUUGCUGCUAGCCGUGAAGGACAUCUCAUGAACAUCCUUUCCUACGUGCACAUCAGACGACUCACUCCAGCACCUGGACUCAUUUUUCACUCUCUGAUCGCGAUCAUAAUGGUCGUCUCCGGCUCAAUCGACUCGCUGAUCGAUUUCUUCUCGUUCACGGCGUGGAUCUUCUACGGCGGCGCUAUGCUCGCACUGAUCGUAAUGCGGAAGACGAGGCGGGACGCCCCCAGACCGUACAAGGUGCCGAUCUUUGUACCGUUCCUGGUGAUGUUCGUCUCGAUCUACUUGGUGAUUGCUCCGAUGAUCGAUCAACCUAAGCUCGAGUACCUCUACGCUCUGCUCUUUAUCAUCAGCGGAUUGCUCUUCUACCUGCCGUUCGUCCACCUAGGCUACUCCUCCAAGAUAAUGGAGCGCGUGACAGUUUUCCUGCAGCUUCUGAUGGAAGUGGCUCCUACGCAGUCCGUUUUUCCUGCCAAGGAAAACUGAGAAAAGACGAACAAUAGAUACUUGAAACAAGUUAGCCAAACGCGUGUCAGAUCCAUCGCACGCACUGCAUUUCACUGUUGCAAAGUACGAAGAUAAAUGUAUAUUUGUGUUAGAGGAAACCUUCCCAUUCUCCACGAUCAUGUCACCCAGAACGUAAUUGGACAGCCCGUUCUUGUUGCGGACAUUACAUACACUCAUCGCGAACGCAGAGGAAUAUUUCUUCUCGAGAAGAGAGUACAACGAUGACAUCAAAAAGUUUGGCACAAAUCUGCACUAUUUUUGUAAGUUCGCCCGCGCACCACUUUCCUCAUCAAUUGUGUACAAGAAUGAAUUUUUAAUUUUGCAUUUGGUUUCAAUUUUGUACUCAAGCGAGAGAGAGAUAGCGAACAAAUUUUCUUGUUUUAUGUCGGUUGAUGUGAUCUUUCAAAAUGGACUAUUGGAUUUGCAAUUGAAUUCCUGUUACCCAAAACGCAAGCGCCUCUAAAUUCUCAUCCCUUGUAGGCAAAUCACUGUUAGGUUUAAUUUAACAUUAAAAGAAGUAGUUUAUAUCAAGGGCAACGUAUUUACGAUUUGAUUUCUCGUGAAUUUGCCAUUUUCAUCACCAUGCAAUAAAUUCCAAAGGAGUUGUCAAUUAUCUUCUGGAUUGGAAUCGCUCCCUUCCCUACCCUGUCACCGCUCUUCUUAUUCUGUUUACCCAUGAAAUGAUUUCUGAAAUUUUCUCCGGAUGCAGAGUUCCGGCAUGUGGCUUUUCUGAACUAAAAUCAAAUUCACCCUCUCUUUCACACUACUCGUCGUGAUUUUAUUAGAUUUACAAAUAUCCUUAUGAAUGUUCUUUUACGAAGGGCCUAAUACGAAAAUUUAUUUAUGGUAAAAAGGUGCACUUCAGCAUUUCCAAUUCCCGAGCGUUUUAGACUGAUUUCCUCACUCGCUGAUCUGUGUGAGUUUUGAAAGUCUCUUUUUAUUAACUUUCUAUCUUUCCUUGUGUGAACUUUUUUUUGCAAAUUUAGCGCUCAAAGUGAACCAAACGAAAAUUGCCACUUGCCUGAUCCAAAGUACCUCGAGAAAUCAAAACCUGAUUCCAGUGGAUAAUUUUUAGCAAUUUUAAACUCAAAUAAUUGUAAAUUACGAUUAUGUAUGACACACACACUAAGUGUUUAGAUCUUGCGACUCGCUGUCUAUAGAGAGCUGUGCUAAUUAAGGAAAAUGAGAUAAGUGCAUACUUACGAAAGAUAUUAUAUGAGUUACUUGUUCAAACACGUGCUUCAAAGUAUAUUUUCAAUUGCAAAUCAAACGCGUUUAACGAAUUCGGCCAUGAGUAGAAUACGGUAUUAAUAGAGAAGUUUUAUUUAAUAUUUAAAAAAGGCUUACGUUUUAUUGUAAUUAUUAUUUUUAAACUUUAGGACUUCAAUAUAUUGAUUAACAAAAUGGGGCGUCUUCCCAAAUUUUGAUCUUGACUUUAAUAAAAACUAUUUUGUUCCGUAA